AUGGAGGGCGCCUGCACGGAGGAGAAGCUCCGGCAAUUAGAGGCAGACUUCGCACGCCGCUGCGAAGAGCGCACACAGCAGCUCACGGCGGAGCUCGAAAGGAAGAGUCGAACAGAGGCUGAAAGACAGGUCGAGGAGAAGACACGGAGCUUUCGCGAGCAGUUGGAGAAGGAGAAGCGAGCGCAGCUAGAAAAGGAAGUUCAGGAGAAGCUGCGCCCUUCAACCGCAGCAUUCGAGCGAGAAGCGCGGGUCAUUCUUGAGAAGGAGGCAGAGGAACGUGUGCGAAGCUCCAUCCCGGAGAUAGAACGCACGGUGAAGGACCAGCAGCAGAGUUGA